GUGCUUGUUCAUGGAGUUUUUCGCCUGGGGUCUCCUGACCACCCCGAUGCUGACCGUUCUGCACAAAACCUUCCCACAGCACACGUUCCUCAUGAACGGACUCAUUCAGGGCGUCAAGGGGUUUCUGUCGUUCAUGAGCGCUCCUCUGAUCGGUGCCUUGUCUGAUGUUUGGGGCAGAAAGAGCUUCCUGCUGCUCACAGUGUUUUUCACCUGCGCCCCCAUCCCACUAAUGAGGCUCAGCCCAUGGUGUUUUUUUGCUCUGAUGUCCGUGUCUGGGCUUUUCGCUGUUACAUUUUCUGUGAUAUUUGCAUAUGUGGCUGAUAUUACAGAAGAGCAUGAAAGAAGCACAGCGUAUGGACUGGUUUCUGCGACGUUCGCGGCGAGUUUAGUGACGAGUCCGGCGAUAGGAGCGUUCCUGUCCCUGCGCUACGGAGACAGUCUGGUGGUUCUGCUGGCCACCAUCAUCGCUGUGGCUGAUAUUCUGUUCGUCCUGCUGGUGGUGCCCGAGUCCCUGCCGGACAAAAUGAGACUGUCUUCGUGGGGUUUGCCCAUUUCCUGGGAGCAGGCCGAUCCUUUUGCUUCUCUGAGGAAGGUGGGUAAAGACUCCACAGUGCUGCUGAUCUGUGUCACCGUCUUCCUGUCGUAUCUCCCCGAGGCCGGACAGUAUUCCAGCUUCUUCCUCUAUUUGGGACAGGUCAUUAACUUCUCGUCAGAAGCGAUUGCGGGGUUUAUUGCGAUGGUGGGAAUCCUGUCCAUCGGAGCGCAGACAUUACUGUUAAGCGUUCUGAUGAAGAAGAUUGGGAAUAAAAGCACCGUUCUGCUGGGACUGGGAUUUCAGUUGUUCCAGCUGGCCUGGUAUGGCUUCGGCUCUGAACCAUGGAUGAUGUGGGCGGCCGGCGCCGUCGCUGCCCUGUCCAGCAUCACCUUUCCUUCUGUGAGCGCGCUGGUGUCUCGCUGCACGGAUCACGACCAGCAGGGAGCGGUUCAGGGCAUGAUCACAGGGAUCCGAGGUCUGUGUAACGGACUCGGCCCGGCUCUGUUCGGAUUCAUAUUCUUCCUCUUCAAUGUGGAACUGAAGGAGCUGAGCCCCGUGGAGCCGAACCCCGUCACGCCGGACACCGAAGAGAAGCGUGUGAUUCCCGGCCCUCCCUUCCUGUUCGGCGCGUGUACGGUUCUUCUGGCUCUGCUGGUGGCGGUGUUCAUUCCGGCUCAACACGCUCCGGCGGUGAAGACGUGUAGCACGCAUGUGAUGAUGGAGUCUGCGAGUGGCGUCACGGAGAACGGAUCUGUUCCUGUGAGCGACGAAGACCACGAGCCUCUUUUACAGGACAGCAGUUUAUAAGCCCAGCAGGAAACUCCUCCGGUGUGGGUUUUAUUCCAGAAGUGUGUCUGACAAAGCUUUUUACUGAAUGUCUUAACCUCUGUAUUUUUUUUUUUUUAUCGUUCGCUCUUUGAAAGAGAAUGUGCCUUCUUCAUAUUUUGGCUUACACUGCAAAAAAUCAAGCUCUUCCGCAGUAUCUUUCAGUACAACAUCGAGAUAAAUUUACUUGAGAAGCAAAAUGACUUAAGAUUUCAGUUCAAUUCAGGUUUAUUCGUUGCAAUACAGUUGUACAACAUAUGUUUCUACUAUAUAUAUAUCUAUAUAUAUAAGAUCUUGUUUUCUGGACAAUUUAUGCUUAAAACACGAAUAAAUAUCUGCUAAUGGGUCAAAAAAAAUUAUCUUGUUUUUUACUUUGGAUUAAGUUUAUUUUUGGCGUCUAUUUGUUCUUGUUUGAAGCAUAAACUCACUUCAUUUCGAUACAUGUUUCAUUAAACAAGACUUGA